UCAAAACUGCAAUAUACUAAACUAUAGUCUAUAUAUACCAAAUUCCUGUCGGUCCUUUCUAUACCACCGUCGUUCAUCAGCAAGAGUCGAAGGAUGGAGGAGGCGCUGCUGCACGGCCGCGAGAAGAUUUCGGUGUCGACAUGGGAGGUGUUUGUGGAAGAGCUGAAGAAUGUGAGUUACAUAGCGGCGCCGAUGGUGGUGGUCACCGUAUCGCAGAUCCUUUCGCGGGUAGUGUCGAUGAUGAUGGUGGGGCACCUCGGUGAACUAGCACUCUCCGGCGCCGCCGUCGCCACCUCUCUUGCCAACGUAACUGGUCUCAGUAUUCUUUUUGGGAUGGCCGGUGCACUGGAAACCUUAUGCGGGCAAGCGUUCGGAGCAAAGCAAUAUCAAAAGCUAGGAGUCUACUCCUACGCGUCGAUCAUAUGUCUUCUUCUGGUCUGUCUGCCGAUAUCUCUGCUGUGGAUGUUCAUGGACAAACUGCUGAUAUUUAUGGGCCAAGAUCCUUCGAUUUCUGUUGAAGCUGGCAGAUACGCAGUUUGGCUGAUCCCUGCAUUGUUUCCUUAUGCUAUUCUUCAGUCCCUGGUUCGGUACUUGCAGACUCAGAGUUUGAUCCUUCCGAUGCUUUGGAGCUCAGUGGCAGCUCUGCUUUUCCAUGUACCUGUUUGCUGGGCUUUAGUGUUCAAGCUGGAACUAGGAACUGCUGGAGCAGCGUUUACUAUUGGUUUGUCUUAUUGGUUCAAUGUGUUGUUGAUUCUUGCAUAUGUGAAAUACUCUUCAACCUGCAAGAAGACUGAUACUCCAUCCUCUAAAGACAUUUUAUCUGGCAUGAGGGAGUUUUCUCGCUUAGCUAUCCCUUCAGCUGUCAUGGUUUGUCUUGAAUGGUGGUCGUGUGAAAUAGUAGUACUCCUAUCUGGGCUUCUGCCCAAUCCCCAGCUCGAGACCUCCGUGCUUUCAGUGUGCCUCUUGGUUGCUGCAUUGCACUACUUCAUACCGUAUUCCAUUGGUGCUGCUGCAAGCACUAGAGUUUCGAAUGAACUUGGGGCAGGCCGCUCUGUCAGAGCUCGAGCAUCGGUAUGGGCGGCAAAUGUUCUUUCAGUUGCUGAGGCGAUUGUCGCUUGCACGAUUCUCCUUCGCUGCCGUAACUUGCUGGGAUAUGCGUUCAGCAAUGAGAAAGAAGUUGCGGAUCACCUUGGGGAAAUGACUCCAUUUGUUUGUCUCUUGCUCACAAUGGACUGCAUCCAAGCCGUGCUUUCAGGAGUGGCUAGAGGGAGCGGAUGGCAGCACCUCGGGGCGUACGUGAACUUAGGAGCUUUUUACCUUGUUGGGCUUCCGACAGCAGUUGUUCUAGGCUUCGUUCUUCGUCUACGAGGAAAAGGUCUUUGGUUUGGACUAAACAUGGGAUCUAUUGCUCAAUCUGCAUUGUUAUCGUUCGUGACAUGUUCCAUGAAUUGGAAAAAACAGGCAGCAAUGGCCCGACAGAGAAUUUUUGAGGAGGAAAUAACUCCUGACGAUGGAAAAAGUUGACAAUGUCAACAUUUUGCAUGUAAAGCAUUUCUCUCUAAUUUGUACCUCCAAUUUAGGAGGAGAUUAAGAGCGCGAGGGGAUCUGAAUUCUGGCAUCAAUUCAAUGAAUUUAGGAUUUCACAUAAUUAUUUUCUUCAAUUUUAAGACAAGAAUCUAAUGGGAAUUUCACCACUGCUGUUUGAAUUUAGUGAAUAGACAUCUUCGGAAACAACUUAAAUAUAUAUGAUUUUUUCCAGACGGACGGACAUAUAUCUUUGGGAGGAAAUUAAAUGUAAUUUAAUUAAAUUUU